AAAUAAGUUUUCAUGAUUUUUAUUAUUUUCGAAUUUGUCGUUAAUAUUUUCGAAUUAAUCGUUGUUAUUGUGGCACGUGGCGAGGCAAAAUAACCUUUGUCUUCGAUAACAGACGUCAUGAUCAAGGUCCCCAGAGCCUCAUCCGUGCAUGUAUCGUUUCUUUGUACGUUCGAAUAUGUUAUGGAUCAUUAACUAUCUUGAUCUCGGAUAGUACAACACGUCUCUGCCGCAAAAUAUCAAGUUUUGAUCGUGAAAACGACUCUGUCGAGGCAAUUUUAAAUUCUGUUAUUGGUUCCACAACCCGAGAACAAUGUGGAAGUGGUGGCUUUACUGUAUCUUGCAUAUAUCCGUAGCAUCGGAAAGGAAGACUGCUCUCGAUACGCCUUUUAACAUAUUCUUUAUUCGUGCCUUCCGAAAUUGGACUUUCGAUGCUUUUGGUAAGACAGGAACGGAAGAAAAAUACUUGCAAAUAGCAAGAAAAGCAAAUACAAUUCAAGCAAUUGUUCCCGACCAUGUUCCAUUCCCUUGUAAUGUGACAGAUGGUCGAUCGCCGAGAGUGCCAAAAUCGGUGCACAAAUUAAAACCAGGUGAUAUUGAUGUUAUCGCCACAAUGGGCGAUUCUGUUAUGGCUGGAGCCGGAAUUUUUGCAAACACUGUGCCCCAGGUCAUCGUAGAGAAUAGAGGAGUUACCGCGUUCGGAGGAGGGCAAGGCACAUGGAGAAAAUAUCUAACUCUUCCCAACAUCCUCAAGGAAUUCAAUCCUAAUUUAAUAGGAUAUGCAUUGGGAGAUUCUUUGACGACUCACAAAGCAUCGCAGUUGAAUAUUGCCGAAUCCGGUGCUAUGUCCGCGGAUAUGAUGUACAUGGCGGAAGUGCUAGUCGAAAGAAUUAAAAAAGACCCGAGAAUAGAUCUGCAGAGACAUUGGAAGUUCAUCUCAUUCAUGAUCGGAUACAAUGACUUUUGCAAUGAAAUAUGUUGGAUUCCAUCACCUUGGUCAAUUCUUGAAACACACAAAGCCAAUCUACUUCAAGUUUUGCGUAUACUAAAAGACAAUUUGCCGCGGACUUUUGUGGCGUUAAUUCCGCCAAUGCAUUUAAAGACCUUAGUCGAUACUCUUAAAAGACAAUCGUUCCAAUGUUAUCUUACAACAAACCUCGAGUGUCCUUGCAUGUUUGGUCUCGCAUAUCGUCGUUUUAGAUCAGUAUAUUAUAACGUAAUGUUACAGUGGCAAAAGCUGGAAAUGGAAAUCGCUUCUUAUCCAGAAUUCCAAAAAGAUGACUUUGCAGUUGUAGCUCAACCUACUCUGUUAAAUUUAACUCUACCACUUGCAUCGAAUGGAGAUAUCGAUCCAACAUAUUUCAGCAGCGAUUGUUUUCACAUUAGUCAAAAGACCAAUGCUCGAAUAGCAAACAAAUUUUGGAACAACUUGUUCGAACCUGUGGGUGCUAAAACAACAAACCUCGAAAAUCUAUUCCACAAGUUUUACUGCCCAACGCCGGAGAGGCCCUAUCUGGCUACAAUGUUAAAUUCAAAGCAACAAAGUGUUACUACUAAAACUACCGCUAAGAUUCGAACGAAAAGUAUUGGCACUUAAUAAAAGAGAAAGUAUCGAUAGCGUUAUUAGGUCAUCAAUCAUAGUUAGGAUUUACGUUUCUGCGAUUUUUAAAUGGAGUCGCAGUGACACAUGAUUAUUUAAGCGUAAACAAAAUAUCACGAAUCUUUUAUAAAACAGGAAUAAAAUGUGGAUAGAAAAUUAUUUAAAAUUAUAACAAUUAUAUUAUAACGAUAUAAGGGGUUAAAUAAUGUUAUUAGUUCAAAUACUUUAACACAUGUCAUCCUAUAUAGAUUUACAUGCAAUUGAUGAUACAUGCAAUACGUUCAAUGUAACUGCACUUAAUAUAUUUAGGAUUCUACGAUAAAUUGCGAGAGAAAUGUAUGAACAAUGCUUGAUAUUACUUCCGAUAAAUAUAAUUCAAUGUGUGUAUGUGUGUGUGUGUGUAAAAAGGAGUUUUUAAGAAAUAUUUAUAUAAGCUUCUCUCUCUUUUUCCAUGUAUAUGAUAUGAUAUUGUAAACGGGUUUGAGAAGUAAAGUUUUAUCGUAACAUCGA